AUACUGCUUUUGACAGUCUAUGUAGUCUGUGAAAAAAUCACAAGAGUAAGAAAGAAAUAAAUUUUCUUACUUCUGACAUAAGCCGAUUUACAUUGCAUUGAAAAUAAGACAUACUUAACUCAUAAUUUCAGUUUUUAUUGAAAUUUCUUUUGGUUUCUGCAAUUGUAAAUUUCUUAGUUCUCGGUUACUGUAUUUUUGAAUUAUCAAGAAUAAAAAUGUUUUUGAAAAAUAUUUCAAAUCUUAUACGCAGUUCGCACGUUUGUAACAACACGGUUUUAAUGAGAUAUUUUUCUGUAACUUCGAUAAACGGUGACAUUGUUAAAAUCCAAAGUACUGAUGAUUUUAAAGAAAAAGUUAUCAAUAGUAAAGUGCCAGUAGUAGUUGAUUUCUUCGCUACGUGGUGCAAUCCUUGUAGACUCUUGACACCACGCUUGGAGUCCGUUAUUUCAGAGAGUAAAGGGAAAGUGGUUUUAGCUAAAGUUGAUAUUGAUGAACAGUCUGACUUAGCGCUUGAUUAUGAAGUGAGCUCAGUUCCUGUACUGGUAGCUAUAAAAAAUGGAAAAGUACAACAACGACUAGUUGGAUUGCAAGAUACUGACAAAUUGCGAAAAUGGAUUGAGCAAUUUGCAUCGGAGGAGUCAAAAGCUGAAGUUAAAGCCUAAUUGAUGUAAUUACUCUUAGGAGUUCAUAAAUUAUUCAUUGUUACCAAUAUGUAGUUGAAUAAAAAUAUAAAAAAA